AUGGACGGCCACCGCCAAGACAACAACGCUGCCGAUGGGGCAGCCCCUCAGCCAACCUCCGGAAUGUUGCCAGAAUAUAAUUCAAUUUUCGAUAUCAUUGAAGGAAAUCCCUUCGGACAGAGCCACAUGGACCUCGCGGAUCCCGCUGAGGUGGCCAGGCAGCGCCAAAACAGGUUUCUCUUCAAUGCGCCCAUGGGGGCCCAUGUCCCUGCGGGGCCUCUGGACUCCAAUGGUGCCCCCAUGGCGAGUGGCAGCUCUGCUGAUCCCCUCCAGCAGCUGCUCGACGCCGCAGGCUCUCAUGCUCACACUGGCGGCCUGGAUGUCGACUACAUGGACCUCCAAUUUUUCGGAUUCGGCACAUCGCCGGCAGCGUUCAACCAUCAUGGCCCGCAAGACGCCGCCGAUGUUCCCAGCUGGAGUGAUAGCCUCCUCAUGGGUAUUACCCAUUCGGAGCCGCAGCCGCAACAGCAGCCCGGCACCGAGGCGUGGCUGGACCCAAUUCUGGCAGAGUUGGCGCCGGCACCUCAGGUUGCUGCCGCCCCUCAAGGCCCUUCUGCAGCCUAUGCUCCCGCGCAACCCUUCUUCACCGGCGCCCAACCCGCUCCGGGGCAGCCCUUCCCCGAGGCUUCUCAGGCCGCUCCCCCGCAACCCUUCCACACCGGAACGGAUGGCAACCAGCCGCUUCGGUUCGAGGACCUCAUGGAUUACCCUGGAUCCCCUCAACGUUCCCCUUCCAACGCCGGCACAGGCCCUGCAAUGAUGAUUGACGGGCCUGCUGCUGGACCUGCACUCCCAUUCGUGCCUCCGCCCAUCGAUCCGGACGAGACUGUUGCCUACGCCAAUCGCUCUAGUCCUCGACUCAACCGGGGCGAGCUUGGCCUUGAAUCUAUGUUCCGUGAAAUGGAAGAGCAGGCUGAGCGGGGCGCCGCGCUUCGUGACAACAAUCGCCCCAGUGAUUCUGCUCCCGCAGCACCCGCCUUAGAGUCGUCUCCGUCAGAAGACACAAGCGAGUCUAUGCGAUCCCUCUUUGGGGGCUCCAAUGACAACAAUUCUUCCAAGCCCCCCUCCCCGCAUGGAGGCGAGUCCGCAGGCCCUGCUGGCCCAGGCUCUCCUGCACCCCCGCGAAACCCCUCCCCAGCUGCUGCGCCAGCCCAAGCUCCAGCCACGCAAAACUCGCCUCAACGCCACACACCUGAUCCGCAGCGUUCCGAAGACGAUGAGCAGAGCUCACCUGAAGGCCUUUUUGGUGGAGACGAAGACGACGAAUCCGAGUCGCCGCCUGCAGCAACCACCUCUGUGCAAGCGGGCUCGGGUCAAACGGGCGGCGACCCACCUCGCCCUGCCCUUCCUCCACUUGCGCUACCCCCCAGAGGAAGACCUGGUGUUGUACCUGCAGGCGCUGCUCCCACUAUUCAACUAGCGCUACCCCCUAAUGGGAGACCUGGUGUUUCCCCCCGCCGUGCUGCUCCCACUAUUCAACUAGCGCUACCCCCCAACGGGAGACCUGGUGUUUCCCCCCGCCGUGCCGGUCCCGCAAUUCAAAGUUCCAAGAGCCCUCAACCCCCAGCCGCCAGCCAGCCCGCCGCUCGAAAGCAACCCCGCAAUGCUCAAGCUUCCUCCACCACUGGCAGCACCUCGCAGCCUCCCGCCCAGUCCUCUUCAGCCAACCCUGCAACAUCCAACACCGGGGGAGCCAAGAAAGUAACCAAGGGCGAACGCGUAAAGUGCGACGAGUGUGGCGCUGAUCUGGCUAAAUCGAGCCUGAGGAAACACAAGAUUGCCAAACACGCUCCGCCGCCAACUCAACCUCCCUGCCCAUUCUGCGAUGGACCAAAAACUUCUCUUGAUAUCGCGCGCCACAUCAGGAAGUGCCACGAGGAUAUCUAUGAACGAAUGCAGCGGACCGGCGAGAAAGCGGAAGACAUUGCGCGUGAAUACGCCGCCAACCAGGCCAACCAGAACACUUCUAACCCUUCUGCUGGCCCGAGUCGUGCCACUGCCGGCCCGAGUCGUGCCCCUGCUGGUCAGGGUAUUGCCACUGCCGGCCCGAGUCGUGUCCCUGCUGGUCAGGGUAAUGCCACUGCCGGCCCGAGUCGUGCCCCUGCUGGUCAGGGCAAUGCCCCUGCCGGCCCGAGUCGUGCCCCUGCUGGUCAGGGUAAUGCCUCUACAGAUAUCCCAAUUAUCCCAGAUGGUGAUAUCCCAGUUAUCCCAGAGGGUGACAUCCCAGUGCCAGAUUUCUCCGCGCUCCCGACGCGCUCAGGACGAUCCAACCCAGGUCCAGUGGCCAGCACGUCUACUUUACCCCCUGCCAAAAGACAACGCAGGGCGGCCACGGCUAAAGCCAGUGGCAGGGCCGCAACCGACAAGAAGGGCAAGGGUAAGGCACGCGCAGUCGACCCUUCUUCCGACGAAGAUGAGGGAACGGGCCGCAAGAAGAAACCCAAGAAGCGGGCACCCGCUGGAGCAGAGGGAACGGGCCGCAAGAAGAAACCCAAGAAGCGGGCACCCGCUGGAACAGGCAGAGUCCCCAAACCAACCGCGCAAUGCCCUAUUUGCAAAAACUUCCGAUCAACCCGCUUAGGAACCCAGGUGACAUCAAUCGCCACAUAG